CGUGAAGUUUGAGAUAUGGCAGUCAAAACAUCAACAACCAAUUUCUAAAACAUCCAAAAACCAAUUUUCAUUUACUUAUUUCGGGACUGAUUUGCGAUUUGGGCGUAACUUAUUUUGUAAACAAACAUUGGAUGGCAAAUUCCUGCUAAAAUAAGCAUUUCCCGGGAAAACCACGGCAUGUAUCCGACAGAAUGAGCUUUCCUCUACCAGAUUUCACAUUCUAGAAAUUGAGCAAGGAAAUAUGUCUGAUCAACGGAACCAAGAAUCCAAACUUACCGUGCUGCUGGAGUGUUGCAUUUGCUUCUACGGACUACGCGAGUGCCACAUCUGUGCGGAAUGUUCACAGCCAUUCUGUCGGGAGUGUAUCCACAAAUGGCUUUACAAACAAAGUUGCUGUCCGUACUGCCGGGCGUGCAUUAGAAAAGAUCAGCUUAUUCGGUUCUACCUCAUCGAUCAGCUGCACGACGAGAUGGAGCAAUUCCUGGCGGAGCAGAAACGUAACCGCUGCGUGGUGCACGAAUCGCAACAGCUGCUGUUGGUUUGUUUACGGUGUGAACAGUGCGUUUGCGUUGAUUGUUGGUAUUCCGACGAGCAUGUGGAACAUAAAGAUGAGAUUGUUCCGAUGGAAAUAGCAUUCGAUCAUUACUACCGAGAAACAAUAAGAUCUGGCCAAUUAAACAAAGGAGAUAAUGGAGAAAACGUGGAUCUACAGAACAAAAUAAAAGUCUUAUUUGAAGAGAAAAGAGACGCAAUGGCCAUGAAUCAAAUUCUGAAAACCAUGGAAAAGCUUCGAAUUAACAAUAACAACAUCACUUCAUAGAAGUGACAUUUACUUAACUGUUGUGCAAUAUUUAUCUAUUCAUACUUGAACCAAGUACGAUGCAGUUAUGUGAUAAAUAAAGGGAUCAAAUAUUA